AUGCUAGCUACAGGAGUUUGGCCUCUGCUGCUUUUCUCACUUCUUUUGUGUUUCUUUCAUUGUGAACAUUUACUUGCUUUUUCACUGAAAAACUGCACAAUUAUCUAUACAGAAAAAUCUCAUGUGUUAGUCACUUGCACAGAGCGUUACCUCACUGCUAUUCCAGAUGACAUUCCCAAAAAUGCAGCAUUGCUAAAUCUCAAGUCAAACUACAUUUCAAAUAUUACCAGGAUGAAUUUGGAAGGUUUAUUCAAGCUUGAAGUUCUAAAUUUGGAAAAAAAUUGGAUUUCAAAAAUUGAUGAUGAAGCUUUUGCAGACUUGGUAGAGUUAAAGGUUCUCAUCUUGAGUAUAAAUAGGCUCGCAAAACUGACAGAAAACAUGUUUCAGGGUCUUUCCAAGUUAGAGACACUGUCUCUGGACUGGAACCAGAUCUCAUUUAUCUCCCCUGUGGCCUUUCAGCCCCUGGUCAGCAUACACUCAGUAGAUUUGAGCUAUAAUUAUCUGCAUCAAAUUUCACAUAUUGAUUACAUUGUUAAACUUCCAACUUUACAACAUUUGAUUAUUACUCACAACAACUUUACUUCGUUUCAGUCAGAUGACCUCCAUGUAAAUACCUCAAACCUACUCACUCUAAGUUUGGAUUCAGUGAAGAAGUUCAGCAUUACAAGAGACAUUUUUCCUCAUCUGCAGUCUCUGGACUUGCGAGGCUGGUCCAAGGAUAUUGAGUGGGAAGUGUCAAACAAGACCUUUUUAAAGAGCCUAACGAGACUGCAAAUGAGUGGAACUUCUCAUAGCUUUGAAGUGUACAGAGCGAUUCUGCAGACUGCUUACUCUCUUCAAGAGCUUCAGAUGGAUAACAUGAAAAAGUGGAUAGAUGAUGGUCUCACUGAUGUCGCAUGCCAAAUUCCUUCUCUUAGAACUCUGAAUGUAAGCAGUAGUGAGAUUUACACCUUAAAGGAGAACAUGCUGCAGUCUUGUUCUCACCUAACUAACCUCAACUUAUCAUUUAACAAUAUAAACAGCAUGGCUGAUAAUCCACUCCAGUCAAUGACACAGCUCAGAAGCCUGAUAUUACAAAAUAAUGAACUGUCCGAACUGCCAGUGGCCGUCCAACGACUUACCACAUUGGAAGUCUAUGACCUUAGCAUCAAUGACAUCAGUGAACUUUACUGUCCUUACUUCUGGAAUUUAACAAACCUAACAAUACUCGAUCUGAGCCACAAUCAUAUAUCCUAUGUCUCUGAGUGUGUUUUUGAAAAUUUAAACAAUUUGAAAAUCCUAAAUCUUGAAAACAACAAGAUUUCAUCAUUCAAUUAUUCUUUUAAAUUUAAAUUACAGACACUGGACUUUUUGUAUUUGAAAAACAAUGAGCUGAUAAAUCUCUUUCAAGGAGUCUUCAGUAAUCUGUCUUCCCUUCGUUAUUUGAAUUUAGAUGUACGCAUGUGUAACAAUGUUGAGGAAGGAGGGUUAAAGGGACUCUAUAACCUCCAGUUCCUUCUUAUGCAAGGUGAUAUUUAUUUUUAUGAGCAUUUCAGUGGGCUGCCAAACUUAAGCACUCUGAUCUUAAAUGUUGUCUCUAGCCUGCCACAUAACAGCUCUGAACAAAGGGAUAGGCCUUUCUCAGAUUUACCCAAACUGAAGAAGCUUCAUAUCAAGGAUGCCAUGACAGUUUGGGGUAAAACGUGA